ACUCUCUGGAAAUUUGCGCUUCAAUCGCCAUGGCUGAGAACACCAAAGUCUCCAUCACUCCGCUUCUAAAGCGCCUCUGGCCGGAUCUGCCUGUUCCCAAUGCCGAGCCAGUCACUGCCAGCGAGAUCGCCCUGGCCAUCUCGCACAUCUUUACCAACAGCCUUUCACCGGUCCAAUGCGGCGCGCUUUUGACUGCGCUGCACUUCAAGGAGCGUGAUCGCCAGGCAGAUGUCCUGUUCAAAUGCGCCGGCGAGAUGCGCAAUGCCGCCGUUCCGGUGGAUAAGAAGGCGCUGCGCGACGUGCUCAGGAAGAAUGCUCGCAAGGAGGGAACCUACCGCGGUGGGCUGUGCGACAUAGUCGGGACCGGCGGCGAUUCGCACAGCACCUAUAACGUGAGCACUACCUCGUCGAUCAUAGCAUCCUCCCUCCUCCGCCUCAGCAAGCACGGCAACCGCGCCUCGACCUCCAAGUCCGGUUCCGCGGACCUGCUCGACAACACCCAGCCUCGUGCCCCCGUUCUCAGCGCCGUCGCGCCCGAUACCCUGACUGAAAUUUACGAUGCUACCAAUUACGCCUUCCUCUUCGCACCCGUCUUCCAUCCCGCCAUGAAGUACGUUGCGCCUAUCCGUAAAGAGCUGGGCUGGCGCACCAUCUUCAACCUGCUGGGCCCUCUGACGAACCCCGUGGAAUCAUUGAUUGAGGCGCGCCUCCUCGGAGUUGCACGUCGCGACGUUGGGCCCGUGUACGCGGAUGUGCUGCGCAUGGCAGGCGCGAAAAAGGCGCUUAUUGUUUGUGGUAACGAGGACCUGGACGAGCUGAGCUGUGCGGGACCUAGCCAGGCUUGGAUGCUGAAGGAGAGACCCAACCCCGAGUUCCGGGGCCCAAAGGACGAGGAGGACGAGGAAUACACCACGUCCGACGACGAUGCGCCCCCGCGCACAUUAGUCGAAUAUGAGCACUUUGAGCUCGCGCCCGAAGACUUUGGCCUUCCGCGUCACCCGCUCAGUGAGGUCAGCCCGGGUAAGGAGCCACAUGAGAAUGCGGCCAUCUUGAUGAAGAUUCUCCGCAAUGAGAUGUCGCCCGAUAACCCGAUUCUGCACUUUGUGCUCAUCAACACUGCCGCGCUUUUCGUCGUCAGUGGUGUUUGUGAGGCGGACGAGAGCAGCAUGGGCCCCGGCGAUGAUGGUAAGGUCAUUACGGAAAGGGGCCCCGGUGGGGGAAGAUGGAAAGAGGGUGUCAGGAGGGCGAGAUGGGCCAUCGAGAGUGGAGCGGCUCUCAAGCAGUGGGAGGCAUUUGUGGACGUUACCAACAAGGUCAAGGGAGCAUAAAAAGAGGGCGAGAAGGAGAGAAAUAAAACAUGUCGCCUGGUGCGUAGAGCUAGGGGAACGACGUCGGUGAUUUUUGGACCAAGCCGUAUUCCGGCUUGGAAGAGACUGAUAUUUAGGACUGAGUCCAAUAACCUUUCGGCUUUCCAAUCAACACGGUAUCAAUCCACAUGAGUGCUCUGGAUGCGACUGACCACAACCUCGAAAGUCUAGCUGAUCCACAACAGCACUUAGUUGCAACGAGCG